GUUUGACACCUGUGCUCUAUGUUAUCACUGAGCAACAGGCUGGCGCUGAGACGGCUGGUCUCGUGACGUCACAGCGCUGGCAUGUUCUAGACGCUCUGUUUUCCUCUCUGAGUCGGGAGUGACGUCGCGCGUGCAGCUAAACGGGACCACAGAUACGGGACUACAGUCCGCUAGUUUCCCCGGCGGGGUCCGUUCAUUAGACCGCAGAGGCGUAACGGUAGUCUGCGGACAUACUGUACCAGGGCGGUGGAGAGGAAGGCUGAGGGAGGAGGGUGGCUGUGCGGCUGUCACGGAGAGAGGAGGGGGCGCAUUCCUGGACCACCCCGGUCUGACUAAUUCAUCGCUGCUAGCCCAGCGGAACACCACCGACCGUACAUUAGCGUCACGUGAAAGUGAGAGGAGGAACCAUGGUGGAUUACUAUAACGUCCUGGGAGUUUCUAAAACUGCCACUCAGGAGGAAAUCAAGAAGGCGUACAGGAAACUAGCACUGAAAUGGCAUCCAGACAAAAACCCCGACAAUAAGGAGGAAGCAGAAAAAAAGUUCAAAGAGCUGGCCGAGGCCUACGAAGUCUUAUCAGACCAAAGUAAGCGUAAAGAAUACGACAGAUUUGGAACAGACAGAAUGAGACAAACAGGUUCCUCCGGCUCAGACUUUGCUCCAGGAUUCAACUUCACAUUCCGCAACCCAGACGACGUGUUCAGAGAGUUUUUCGCUGGGCAGGACCCCUUUGCCAGCUUUUUUGAAGACUUCUCAUCCUUUGGAGGCUCGUCAUCUCGCCUCGGCCCCAGUCGGUUCUUCUCCUUUCCUUCAGCAGGAGUUGAUUUUACCUCCUUCUCCUCUUCCAUGGGUGGGCUUGAAGGGAUGAACAGCAUGGGCAACGUCAAAUCUGUAUCUACCUCCACUCGCAUUAUAAAUGGCAAAGUCACCACCACAAAGAAGACGAAGCAGGACGGACAGGAGAGAGUAGAGAUUGAAGAAGAUGGGGUGUUGAAGAAAGUCCUAAUCAAUGGUGUGGAGGAUGAAAUGGCCCUGGCCCUGGAGCUUAGCCGGCGAGAAGGACAGCCCGGUCAAUCGCCUCAGAAGCCCAAAAUCCCAAACAGAUCAUCCGCUGACUCACACACCGCGUCAACACGUCGCUCUUUCAGCUCCGCGCCCUUCUACAACUACGGGGUUGAGACGGGCAGCGAUGAUGACGACGACGAAGACCUGCAGAUGGCUCUGGCGUACAGCCUGUCAGAAAUGGAAGCCGAGCAGAGAGCAGCCGUUUCCAACAUCAUAAAAGGUGCUGUGCGUGCUGGCAAAGCCAAGGCUGCAAAAGGUGGUGGCAAUCACACACAUGUGGUGGUUAAUAGCACCAGUGUAAAUGUGGAUGGUACUGAGCACACGGUUUCAGGGGUGAUCGAUGAGAAUGGGCAGUUUAAAAUGAGCUCAGAGUCUGAAAAGGAAACUAGGGAAUCAGAUUCUUCCACUGAGUCUACCACAACAGCCAGCAGCACAGCGCAGAGCCCCAACCCUGAGCAGGAGCCUGAGCGGGCCAAAAAGAGCAGUGAUGAGGCGGUGAAAAAGAAGAAUAAGUGUGGAUGUGCUGUUUGUUAAUUCAGUUCGUGUGCCUUAACCUUUACUACAGUUUACCUCAGUGUUGUGCCUCCAUGCAGUCGUUUCCACCAGAGGAGAAAAUGGGUUGUCUUUGGCCGUUUCUAGUGUUUUGCGGUGACUUUAUGAUCAACCCAGAUGUAUUCAUGUUUGCCAAUCUUUCUUUUUUUAUCUACUUCGCCAAAAGAUCUCUCUGAUGAAAGUAAGUUGAGAGAGCAUCAUUUUUUAUCGCCACAGCUAAAAGUUGGAAUCAGUAUUAGUAAUAAGCAAUGGUGUGGAACUUUGAUGUGGUGAAGAAAGAAGUGAUAGAAAGAGCAGAGUGUGGUGGACAGAAUAGUUGGUAUUCCCCAAUUAAAGAAAGAAAACCCUACAGUGGUCACUAAAAUGACUUCAAACUGACAGAAGGAAUGAAUGAAUAAAAACAAUGACAGUGUACUAAUUUAAAUCAGACAUUGAUUUUGAAUUAUAGUUCAACAGAAUCAUUGAAAAUAAUCUAAUGAAGCUGGCUUGGACUAAAAUAACUUUAUUUUUCAUUGAGAACCUUUUGAGACAAUCCAGUGAUUUCUAUAACUGGUAAAUAAUGACAAAAAUCAGGGGUUUUCAAAGUGUGGAAGAGUGAGCCUCCCCUAAGGAGAAAUUAUUCAUUCGGUGGACCCCCACCCACAAAAAUGAUUCAAAUUGAAAAAAAAAA